GGUGUCCCCGGCCGAGGGGUGGGUGCAGCCGGCCCGGCCCGGCCCCCGGGCGCCCGGCGGGGAGGCGGGGAGGGCCGGGGCCAGCCCCGCUCCUGAGCCCUCCUCCUGCCCCGCUCGCCGCCUUUUCCCCGCCGCCGCCGCCGCCGCCCGCCCGGCGCAGCCCUGCGGAGCUCGGGGCGGCGGCGCCCCGCCGCCGGCCAUGGCCGUGCCCGCCGCCCUGCUCAGCCCCCACCACCUCCUCUCCUUCUGCUUUCCCGCCGCCGGCGGCCUCCUGGGCUACGCGGACCUGGAGAAGGGCUACGAGGGGGGCGGCGGCGGCGGCGGCGGGGGCGACGCGGGGGACUUUAAAGAAGCCACCAGGGACCUGCUGAGCUUCAUCGACUCGGCCUCCAGCAACAUCAAGCUGGCGCUGGACAAGCCGGUGAAGUCCAAGCGGAAGGUGAACCAUCGGAAGUACCUGCAGAAGCAGAUCAAGCGCUGCACCGGCAUCAUCGCCGCCGCCGCCCCGCCGCCCGUCCCGCCGCCCCCCGCCGCCGCCCCGCCGCCCGCCGCCUGCCCCGCCAAGCCCCCGCCGCGCCGGGAGGCCUCGCAGGCGGCCAGCAGCCUCCAGAGCAAGAGCCUGGCGGCCCUCUUCGGCUCCCUGCAGCCGGGCCGGGGGGCGGCGGGCGGCGGCGAGGCGGCGGCCGGGGGCGGCGGGGCGGCGGCGGGGGGCGGCGGCGGCGGCGGCGGCGGCGCGGGGGGGAGCGGCCCGCGGAAGGUGCCGCUGCGCGACCGCAACCUGCCGCCCUCCUUCUUCACGGAGCCGGCGCUGCCCGCCGCCGCCCGCGGGCCGCCGCCGGGCGCCAAGGAGCCGGAGAAGGGCGGAGGGGGCGGCGCGGAGGCGGCCGAGUUCUUCGAGCUGCUGGGCCCCGAGUACGGCGCGCUGCUGCCCGAGCCCGCCGCCCCGCCGGACGCCUUCCCCGCCGCCCGCCUGCCCGCCGAGCUGGGCCUGGAGCACGGCCUGUACGAGGCGCCGCUGCCCGCCGCCCACCACCCGCUGCUGGGCGGGCUGCUCUACCCCGAGCCGCCCUGGGGCCCGGCCGGGCCCUGCAGCCCGCCUAAGAAGGCGCCGUCCGAGGCGCUGCGGCCGCUGUACGCCGGCGGCGGGGAGCCGGCCCCGGGCGGCGGCGGCGGCGGCGGCGGCGAGGAGCCCGGCGGGGGGCCGCUGCCGGCGGGGUUCGCCCCCUUCUUCCCCGAGUGCCCGCUGCCCCCGCCGCAGCUGCCCUACGAGUACGGCGGCGGCUUCCACCGCGCCGCCUUCUCCGGGCUGUAGGGCAGCGCCGCCGGGCUCGGCGCCCGCCCGGCGCGGGGGACGCGGGGGAGCCCCCGGGGGAGCCCCCCGCGGGGCCGCCGCCGCUCGCGCGUGGGGCUGGGGCCCGCCUGCGCCCCCCACGCACCCACCCGCGCACCCACCCGAGACCGCGGCUCCCGCAGCGCUCGGCCCGGCGCUCUGCCACUCGCCUCCUCCUGCGGUUUGGGAGGCGCUGCAAAUAAAAUGUGAAAUACUGGGUUCCUUCAGGUGUUUUUCUAGCGGCCGUGACCUCCCUCCCUUAGCCUUCCUUAGGGGUCAGGCUUUGCCUCGCUGUAGGCGGCUGCAGCUCGGUGGGCCUGACUCAGGCGAUGCCGCGACGGGGGCCGCCCUCCUCGAAGGCAGCCGUGACCAACCUGCGAGCGAUGGCAGUCGAGAAGUAAAACUCGGUCAACUCUUGCGCUGCUGUUAAAAUUUCCCCCGCGCUUGCCUGCAUCGCGAGCGCCGGCGGAUGUUCGGCUGAGGACACAAAGGCGAGAAGGAGAAAAAGGAAAAAAAAAAAAAAAAAAACAAGCAAAAUUAAAAAUGCUGCUACCAAAACUUAGUGCCCUGAAAUUUAACAAUGUCUUGCAGGAUCUUGCAAACAGCGAUUUACACCGAUACGUAAGUUAAUUGACGGCAUAAGUUCGGGACAAAAAUGUACUGUAGCUGCUGCGGCGAUGUGAUUCCUACGGACGGUUGGAUCUCUUCCAGGAAUGUGUCAAAGCUCGGGAAGCAACGCGGCUCGGUCUCAUUGUGUACAGGAGAUUAUUUGAUAAUCAUUUAAGUUAUGUAAAAGAGUCUAUGAUAGGUCUUAUAAAAAUAAAGCUACACAAUAGAUCCAA